GUUAAAAGGAUGAAGCCAUUCCUUUGCAUUAUCACAUUGUAGCGAAUGGGCAAACACUACUGUUCUCAUCUUGCCUUUACCUAUGAGAUCACCAGCAGCUGCUUCAUUAACUAUUAAUGGCCUGCUCAUUAAUGCUGUAAAAGGCAAGGACCAAUCUUGCAGAUUUUCUGGACUCUUCCCCUGAAAUAUUUAUGACUUGCUCACUGUGCAAAAGGGCAAGAGCAACAGCAGAGAACAUGCCUCCAAGUUUUGUUGAGCAUUAUUAAAGAACUCAUGAAUAUGAAGAAGCUGACAGCUUCUAUCUGUUUUUUGGUUUUCCACGCCAGCACUGCACAUCUGGCUCUAGGGGUUGAGUGGGUUGGUGGUUUGCUAAAGUAUUGGUGACAGUCUUGAAUGCUUUAUUGAUGAUCUGUAGUUCCUGUAGUGCCUUCCUUUGCAUCCUCCUCUACAAGCACCAAGGUGUAAUUGAUACCUCCAGGGGAGGUUACCAGGGGAGGUUUUGCUUAAGAGAUGGGGAAACUGAGGCACAAAAAUUGAACAAUUUGCCUGGAACCAAGCAAUAGAAAGCCAGAAGAGAAUGGAAAUGUUUUACGCAAAACUGUAAUGCUUCUUUUGAAGUCUGGUUAGUGUGAAAGAGGGGGACGCUCGCCAAGCCUCCUCUGAAGCCAUUGCUACAAGCAUUCCAAACAGAUCUCCUACAUGAUUGCAGAGAGCAGCACUGAGUAGUGCUUUCCCUGGGAAUGUGCGAGUGCUUUUAGCUCCCUUCAGUACCAAGAAGCACCAGGGAAGCCAUUUUUGCCUUCUAUCCAGAUUUUGGAGAUAAAACUGUGCUCUUCUCAUUGCUUAUAUAUACCAACAAUAAAGAGUCUGUCCACUAAAUCCCAACUGCAGCUCAUCUGCUGGUGCACAGGCAGAUUAAAAUCUGUAUUUCUUUCCCACAACCAUCUGCAGAGCAAACACUAGUGUAAAUACAUGUGGGAGGCAUUUUUUGGUAAUGUAGAGAGAUAUGCUUUAAAGAGAACAGGUAUGACUCCAGGAGUCUGUACAGACUGGUCUGUACAGUGCUUCGCAUCUCUUCCUUAUGCAGGGUGGCCUUCAGAGUAAGAAAGCUCUUCUGUAUUUGGAAGAUGCAGGGUGUGUCAGGAAUAACCAGCCUUCAAUACUGUUUGAGCUUCUGGGCUUGCAUGUAGUGCCCAGGUGAAACCAGGUGGCAAAACAAAUCCAUAUUGGAAACAUUCCCUGGUACAACUUUCUCAUUAUUUCUUACAGAGUGUGAAUAUUUUAUCCCACAUUAUAUCACGUUGCAAGGGAUGCUUGCUUUCCCUCCUGGAGUGAUUCCUUUUAGCUGCUGAAGGAAAGUUACAGUGGAUCCAGGAUAGAAGUUCAAAGCCCUUCACUGAAGUAGUGUUUAAGGGUUUUUCUUAACAUCUUGAUUUCACACUGCUGUAACAAGUGAAUGUGGUAGCCACAGCUUAGUGGUAGAACAUGGUCAUGUUGUGCCCUACAUGACUACAGCAGGCCCUGGUGGGACUCCAUUGUCAUGCUGAUCUCCAGGAAUAUUCCAGAAGUGUACUGAAUGCCAUCUGGUUUUGCCCUCAAACCUACAGUAAGUGUUUCUGGGGAAGACUUCUGGGACUCUACUGCUACAAGAAUAGCAUCCAGAUCUUGAGUGACUCUUGUCAUUCUUUACUGAAGCAAUUCCUCCAAAAGCUGGAAAAGGGGUAAAUGCAAGAAUUGAGUCCCUGUCUAUUGACUGGUGCAGCUCUAGUUCUAGAGACAGAUGCACUGGAGGCUGCAGAGCAGAUCGUUGGUGUUUUUUAGUUACCAAUGGUGCUGUUACCUCUCCAUCUGUAGAGCUGCUCUCUUCGUCAUGGAAGGCCUGCCCCUCAUCUCAGCAACCACAAAGUUCCACCUAAGUUUUGGGACCCCUUUCCUAACUUCUUCCUUGGUAGUUAGGAGGAGUCUGCCACCCAAAACAGACCCUGUUCCUCCUCUCUGAAUUUGAGGUUGAAUCACAGGUGAGAGAUAUUAUAAAAUCUCUGUUCCUUACCAGAGAGAAGAUCAGUAUAAUUCAAAAUGUUGGGGGUUGUGUCUUAUCACUGGCAAAGGCAUCAAUGAUCAAGUAUCAAUUAUGUGAGUAAACACAGUGAUAAUUAACAGUGUCAGUAAGUAGAAACUUACUGUAUCCUGUGAAAUAACUGUAAAAAGGAGGGGUUCUCUGUCAAAACAUCAACUUUCAGUUCUUGGUAUCAUAACAUGAACUAAGUCAGCAGCUGGCAGCAGCGGAGUUCCAGGUGUGUCUUCUGCAAGCUGCUCAGCUGCGAGUUACACCUCUAAGGAAAAAGCAUGUCUGUGUGCAGUCUUGUGCAGAUUCCUGAUUGCAACACUUUGGGACUGAGAACUGGACCUUGCUUUAAAAGAUGCUCCAACUCAUUAUUCAUUUUCGUUUUCUGGCAGAGUAGUCGUGUCUUGUCAAAUGAUUGUUCACAUUCAUGAAUAGUGGUUUCUGAAGUCUAGCCCUUAAAGUGAUGUCUUGGCAUCUAAGUGAUCCAUGGGGUACUGGUAGUUCACUAGGACCUGUGGGUCUCCAGCAUUUUUGUUAGAAACAAGCUGUUUAUUAGCUAUAUCUAUGUUUGCCUGUGCCCUCAGGGGUGGUACACAGGCUUAGAAGAAGUGUUAGCUUAAAUUUUCACUUGUGUUUAGACUAGUGGGUACUCCAGCCAGCAGACAGUUUGGUUCAUGGUAAAUUCUGAUUCAGGAAAAUGUUAUACAAGCCUAAAAUUAAGAGGAAAAAAGGGCAAAACUGGCUAAUGGGAAGAAAUGGAGGAACAGAUCAGCCAGCCAAAUAAAAUGGCUCCUGGUUGAGUUUGGGAUGAAGCUAAGGGACCUGCCAAACCUUGCCUUUUGAGAAGAGUCUAAUCAUCCUUUGAGAUGUGUUAAUUUCCCAUUUUUACCAUGGGUGCUGUUUAUGCAUUGUGCUUGCCUUGGCUUAAGGAGUGAAAAUUGCCCUUUUGACUGCCCUGCACAUGGAGGUGGAUUCUUCUGCACAAAUGUGACAUGACAGACCCCAAAACAGUGCUCAUCUAGAGUUUUUGUAUCAAUGAAAACUGUCCUGUCGGGAUUUUAAUAAAACCAUUUAUUUCAUGGCAUCAGCUUCUUGGCUCUUAGUUGACAGCACCCAGUGGUCCCUGCCUCCAGCGGAGCAGCUCUGGAAAGGCACAAAGACUGGAUUUUGUGUUAUGACACAGGCUGUACUGUAUGCUGGGAAGUUAGCUUGCAUCCUGCCUUCUGCUGAAAAUAGCUUGGGGUUAAGCCGUGCCUACACUACAGACCUCUGCCAGCAAAUCUGUACUGGCCAAACGAGUGGAGAGGUCCCUGAGUGGUGUUGCUGUUCUGGCACAGCCCUGAGGCACAGUGUGGGUGCACUGGGGAAGCCACCCCUUCUCUGGCCUGUAAGGGACUUGUGCUGGGCUCUUGUAGACCAGGGCUCUGCCGCAACAGCCCUGUCUGCCGUGUAGCAUUUUGACAAGGUUAUGUGGGCGUUCAUCUGCUGCUGGGGUGUUUCUGGGGUCUUGGUUCCUGUAAAUUUCUAGUGAUGUGUUUUCAGAUCCUCCUGAGUAAAACAGAGGUGAAAGACGCAUUUUAAUGUUGCAGGUCUGCUCUCAUCCUCCUCCUUUGUGGGGUGGUUCUGGUGUUUCCACUGCGCUCCGGAGCAGGGCACAGUAGCUGUUAUUCGAGCUGCGUGCCAUCCAGUGCUGUAUAAUGUUGCGAGAUGCAAAAAUAAAAAGUGGAAAAAUAUGCAGACAGAGGAAACAAAGCACAACUUUAGCUCUUGGACAGAACAACCCCCUUCCCUCUUCCUACCUCAGCUUCACCCUUGGAGUCUUGAAAGAUGGGUAGCUGUUGGAUUUUUACUACCUACUCAGUCUUUCCACACUGACUUUUAAUCCUUGGCUCCCUUCAAGAGAUUAUGUUGUUACACUGCUACUACAGGUCCUUUGAUGAAAUGUUGCUCUUCUCUUCCUCCCCAGCCUUUUAGAGUUACACAUUUCUUUGCUCGAGGAAAACACCUCAAGGUUAUCCCCAGCCUAAUUGGAGAAGCAGAGAAGAGAGUGGUUUAUUGGUGCUUAUUUAAUCCCAUCUUUCUUCAAAUACAAGGACCUGGUAUCCUUUUGGGUAUUUUCCAUCCCAGUAUUUGUUACAAGAAUUAAGUGAAGAAGCUCUGAGGAAUAAAAAUGGUUUACACAAGGAUGGGUGGGAAAUUAAAACCUCCUCUGCCAUAGCCUGUCUGGGACUAUACCCUCUUGCCCUCUCCUUUUCCUCUGGUGCACCCAUGUCCCUGGGCUUUGAGUUGCUUCCUGAAUGGCUCAGCUUCUCAAUACAGUAUGGGACCAAUGAUUUCCAAACAAGUGCCUAAGUAUGUGCCACCUGAGUGCCACAGAUGGCAAAGACCACAUCAGACCUGCAGGUCUCUUACUUAUUUGUUUGCUUGUAUGUUGAAAGUCACCCUUUGGCAAAACUAGUGCAAUAAUUUGAUCUAUUGGAAUUUCCCAGUUAAGUCUCAGAUAAGAUAAAGGUCUAUUGUGAUGUGAUUAUCAACAAGAAAUCAUGAAGAUCACGAAGUGGGCUUCCAUUAGGAGUGUGAGUUUGACUGCUUGAAGCCGAUACACAGCAAGUGUGUGAUUUCGGCUUGGUUUUCUCCCAGAAUGAGAAUGGGAAGUGUCUCAUCUUUUGUAACAGUCUUGACCACUCCCCUUCCCCCAGUGAAACUUGGCAUUUUUUCUUCCUGCAAAAGGGACCUAGAAAAUUAUUUUGCUAGAGCAGGGUCCCCAGUUAAGAUGCAGACAUGAUAUGGAGAAGCUGAGCAUGAAGUGUUACUACUCUCCAGCGAGUUUCAUAUAUAUAUGUAUGUGCAUAUAUACACCUCCCAAUUCUCUUAAUAGCCGUGGAUCUCAAGGAUGUCCGACUUCCAAGAGCAUGAAGCUCUCACAUUUAGCCUGUUGCAAUAGGUAACAGGAGAUGCAACCUUAGUAUCAUUUCCCUUUCUCAUUCCCCCUGUUCCACACUCUCCCUGCAGCCACGAAAUCACAGUUACUGUAGGAAUUCACACUGGUGUCCCAAUGUUCAAAACCAACACUUGCUAUUUUUACCUGUUACUUGGGGUUUAUUUUUGUGGUUUUUGGAAGCAAAAUGCUAAAGACAAAUAAACAAGUCAAUAAGCAAAGUAUUUAAAUGACUGUGCAGUCCUUAUAACUGAUAUCAGGGCAAAGGAAUGCAAACAGGCCAGUCUGUGGCUUCAUGCCUUUAGCUCCUGUCCCUCUGUUUUGUUUUUAAUUUUGAGCACAGGAAGGGGCCACUAUGUGACCAUAUGCUUACAAAAUGCUGGUUACAAAUGUCUUCCAAACAAUGUUGGCAUAGUAAUGAUAUGUCAUGUAUGUGUCAUGUUUUGUCAUGCUAUAAAUGUGCCUGUUUGACUCCAAACCUUACUGUGUUUCCUUCUCCUGUUCCUCAGCGUAGGUAAAAAUAAUUGUUUCCAAACAACUUCAUGCUUCUGUUCUGAAUAAAUUGGAUUUCACUUCAUUCAGUGCCAGUGGGAAUUUCAAACCCUGGGAAAUUUGCAAGCAUAUUGCAGGGAAAAUGUUAAGCAUUUGCUUAAGCAUCAUUGAUAUUGAUCUGUUAAGUCUGUUCUUAAACAUUAGGAGCUAUUGCCUCUUUCCAAACAUUGGUCUUACUGGAGGGCUAAAAAAGAAGGACAGUUGCUCUCCACUUGCAAGGCCCUAAAGAUGGAAUUGCACCUGGAGGGAAGAAAUAGUCAGCAGAAGUUGAUGCCGAUAUUGCUGUGAACAUUAUCUUCGUCAUACCUUUUUGUUUUCCAGAGAUAAGAUCCUUUCAGCAUGAUCUAAGAUUCCUUCAGUUUUCAAAUGUUGGGUUUGUUUUUUUUUCUCCCCUUGUGAUUUGUUUUCCCUUAUUUUUCUUGUCAUGUAAUCGCCUUUUCAGGUUUAACAAGGUUUUGAAGUUAACACUACUUUGAGGCAGUGAUAUGUAGGCCAAAGAGGUUCGCACCUCUUUGGUGUGAGCAAGUUCGUGUGAUAUUUGUGGUGGGAGGUCUUGUGAUGAGAGUGCGGAGGAGCAGGGACUCAAGUCUCCUAGAUCCAGAUUCAGUAUCUGUGGCUUUCCCUCCUGCGAGCAUUUGGCAAAUGAGAGAUGAGUGCAGGCUCCAUGUAACCAUCUUUAAAAUAGAUAUCCCUUGGGGAGAGUAUCGAUUAAUUAACAUUUCAGAAGCGCUUUGAGUUUCUUUGAUAGGUAUUGCAGAAAUGCAAGAGAGGUUUUUUUCUCUUGCUAGACACAGGCUGUCUAAAGGAUGAAUUUUAAUGAUGUUGGUUUACUUGGUAAGUGCUCUUUUUCAAAUGGAAGGCUAUUUAGCUUCUUUUGUAUGUACCAAUAUGGUAUUUUACUGCAAAUUUAAACCAAAUAAAAUAUACAGCAUCUGUACCAAGACUGGAUUUGGUACCCUCACAUCAUGAAAGCUCAUGCUGAUAAUUUGCCAGUAGCCUCAGGUCUUUGAUAGUAAUUUGGCAGAUGCUAUACUGAACCUAAUUUGCAUCUGUAUUUACAUAAAUGCUUUAAUUAAAAUUAUAUGCACCAACCUGAGAUAGAUGAACAGCACUGCCUGCUAUUUGUUUACAUUCCCUGACAACAAAACCCUGCCUUGGCUGCUUCUUGCUGAUUGUAUGACUUGACAAGACUGUUUGAGGUGGGGACUAGAAACCUGACAGGUUUCUAGUUAGACUCUGCUGCAAACUGCUGAGGAGCAACAUGAAGCUUCCAGGACAAAAUUCUGCCUGUAUUUUAGCAGCAGAGGAGAUCUGAGCAACUUGAUUCAAGGGGUCAGAUUUGUGUGUAUCCAGUCCUAAAGCUCUAGCUUUAAGGUAGUUCUGUGCAGUCAGGAUUUAUAGUUCCUUGCACACGGUAUCUGCUUUGUCACACAUCCAAAAUGUGAAACCCCACUGAGGACAGUAGAAACACAUUUUAAAUACAGCUUCCAUCAAGAGAAAAUUUCUGAGGGCUGUUCAUCUUUGAACAGAGCAUUACAGAGCUCCUUGUAGGAUAGAGUGCUCUAGGGGAUUUUGGGGCGCAAAUGGGGUCCUGAUUGUUUCAGUGGGACAUGUGAGAGCGUAUGGCUGAGUUUGGAUGAAGGUAGUGAAGACUCUGGAUCUGUUUUUGCUUAGACCACACAUUUCAUUUGGAAAACACAGUCAUAUAAAUACAAAUUAAAUCCAAACUCUGCAGUCUGCCUUUGGACAGUGGAGGUUGAUGUUGCUGCGCUGCUUCCCCGUUAUUUGGAACUUGUCACAGUGUUGCAAAGAAAGGAGAUCCAGUGGCAAAGUUAUGACUGAUUUCACAGACUGCUUUGAAGAUACAUGAAGGACAGGCUAAAAAGAGCUGUAACUACCCUGCCUGAUCUGGAGGGUUGCUGAGCUUUGUCUAAAGUUGUUUACUUAACUUGCAUUAGAGGAAAUAGUUCAGAGCUGCUGUUUCCUUCGCUGAGAGGUCAUGCAUAUGUUGAGGAUUGGAAUUGAGGUUUGUUUUAAUAAUAAUUAAUAAAUAAUUAAAGCUUUCUUCCAACCCAAACUAUUCUGUGAUUCUGUAUAAAUUUGGGCAUUACCACUCAUUUUCUUCAGUGACUUCUGACUAUAUUUGCCUGUAGUCUUUUCUGAAUCUAUUUUGAGAGACACAUUCAUACUUUAACUUUCAGUUAAAUGCACAUUCGUACAUUAAUAUUCAUACAUUAACCCGUUUGCCUGAUAGCUUUGUUGAAGAUGAUAACCUGUCCCCCAUAUUAUGACCUGCUGUGGGAGGGAUGGCCAAAAACCUGUUUGCUGAAGUCCACCUGAAAGAGCACAGGCAAAAAAGCGUCUACAUUUGUGGCAAAGUGGCCUAAAUAUUUAACUUGGGAGGUGUUGGUCAGCAGGCUGGAAUGCAGGCUCGGGGGUGUGGGGUGAGUGGCAGUCCAGAGUGACGGUGUCGAUGGGAGCUGCAGCUGGAGCCCUCCCAGCGCCACAGCCCUCAGCCUGGUACAGGAAUGCCGGGGCAUCAUCUGCCAGCAGCUGGGGUCUGCUGGGGUCAUAGCCAAGCAGCACUUUGCAUUGCUGGGAAAUGGUGGUCUUGGUCAAGUAGUGGGCAUGACAAAGCCAGAUUUACAGUCUUGCAAAGCCACAGCCUUAAUUUAAACUGACAUAACAUAAAUAAAUCCAAACUAUUAGUCUUGCUUUGUCUCGUCCAUAAUAAGAGGAUGAAUACAUUUCCCAUAUUAAAUUCAUUAUGUCAUGGGGGUGCUCUGAUACUUGAGGAAGGUGGGAAAGUCAGCUGAAGGGAAGCAGCCCUUGUUUCCCCUGAUGUGAGGGAGAGGAGGGGAAGGUACUUGCUGGUUAAUUUUCAAUGUGAGGCGAGUGGAUGAAGGGAAGAAAAACAUUCCCCCAGGGAAAGUGUCCUGUUAUGGUGGGAUAUUUGUGUUGAAAUCUGCUCUGCAGUUGCCUCCUCCAUUGGCCAGCUGUCCUGGCUCAGCCCUCCACUUUCCCCUCAGACAUCUGUGCUGCAUCUCCCAGCAAGGGAGGAAGCAGCAUGGUGGCUGGUGGGCAGGAGCCCCAGAAAGUUCCUCACUUCAACACUGAAACAGCUGCUGGUUUGAAUUUGGAUCAAUGUUCAAGGUGUUGGUACCUCUGCUGGUGCCCAGUUUGGUACCUCUGGCUUUCCCAAUGGGAGCUCUUGGUGUGUUGUGAGGUCAGAGAGCAAGCCAGGGAGAGGGGCCAGAGAGCAGCCCUGCAUUUGGAGAAGGAUUCUUUCAAAAAUCAUCUUGUCUGUUUGAUUUGAGAAUCAGUGCUAGUGCUGUAAGUCUAGCAAGUGCUGUAAGCCAGCCUUUAAUCAGCCUGUGUGUAUUUUAAGAAUUGUGCCGACUCUUACAGCCUCAGAGAUACCUGGAGAUUUGGUCGAGAGAAGCCUGUCCUAGUUUCUCAGGGUAGCCAGCAAGGCGUGCUCGUUUCCCAAUUUAAUGUGAGCCUUCCCAGUCUUUAUUUGUCAAGGCAUUUUCUUUGAAAGAUUGCAAAGCUCCAAGCAACCAGUUAAUGCAUGGGGGAAGAGAGAAGUCAGAGUGUAACAUAGCAGUAAUCCCUGCAAUUAAAAGUAUAUUAAUAACUGCACUUCAGCCGUGGAUAGAGUACAGCAGGGUGGGGUUCUGGAAGGAGGGCCAUCCUUUGGCAAGGGGAUUCCAGCCCUGCUGCAGAGAGGGCAAUUCACUUGUCUGUAGCUCUUUGGUUAUAGAUGUGCAGUGCUGGAGGCAGUGUGCAGCAGCCUGGCUCAGGACUGGCACAGUGUCCCUAGUGAAGACUAAUCCUUACUACUUGUGGCAAGUAAAUGUUGAGGUUUAGUCAUUUGCCUGAUAUCUGUUAGGCUGAGGGUUUUGUUUGUGUCACACAGAGGGUGUGAUGGAAACCAUCCCAACUCUCCACACUGGGAAAAGGCAAUAUAAAAAGGUUGAUGGAUCUGUCCAGACAAUCCUCUGGAUCUUGAGCAUGCCAGACAGGCAUCCCAGAGCCAGGAAAGAAAUGCUGGGCUUUUUCAGACCCUUCUUGAGCUCUGAUUUGGAAGUGCAUGUGCUCUGCUCACCGCGCACCCAGAUCCCUGUGAAAUGAGGUCUUGUCAAAGCAGGCACCAGGUUUCCAGCAGAAUCACACUUGAUAACCAGGCUCUUGGACAUUAUUGUUCCCAGCAUCACACUACCACCAAAACAUGCAAAAAGCAUCUCUCAAGAGUAAAAACAUUCCAUUCUGGAAAAGCAGUUGAGAGCCAUUCAUUAGCUCUUUAUUUUCACCAAAACUUAAUUAGAAUUUACAGCUACUUUAUUUGGUUUUUUCUCCUGUCAUCUGAAGUUACAAGCAAAUUUUGGGAGUCUCUCCUACUAUGAUCUGUUCCCUGUUUGUAGGCAUCCUCCUAGAAGUGUCCUUUCUCCAUUUCCCACACUUGUACAGAUGAAGUUGAUACAAGACCUUCAAGAUGUCUUCAGCAAGUCAUCUCCUCCUAAAACAGGAUCCACUCUUUUUAUCGCCCGAGGCCAGGUCUUACUUAUUAUUUCUAUUUCAGAGCACCUCAAGACACACAUCAGGUUGAUGAAACGACAUAAAGCAAAGCUGGGGGCUGUGCCAAAUAGUUCAUAACCAUGGAGGAAGACUUGACAAAGGAAGGGAUGAAUUGUUGGUAAAACGAGAGGUGCUCCAUCCCUCUGAUCAUCUUUGUGGCCUCCUCUGGACUCACUCCAACAGGUCAAUGUCCUUCCUGUGCUUGGGGACCCCAGAGAUGGAUGCAGCACUCCAGGUGUCAGAAGUACUGCUCACCUUUAGAGAAGCAUUAAGAACUGAGACUCCCAGGAUGUAAGAAAUCCAGUGCUGUGAGUGUCAUGCAGCUGACAGGUCCACUGGUGGAGGUGAUGGUCACAGCCAGGGCAGAGAUUCAUUAAGCUAAAACAGAGUAAAAUAAUCGAGGUGUUUUGGAGCUGUUUGCAAGAUCUACUGAGUGGGUUGUUUAUCCUGUCAAAAGAAGACACCAUUUGGGACAACAGUGUGCUGCCAGUGGCUGCCAUGGCCAGCAAAAGAAAGUCAACAACUCCCUGUAUGGUGCGAACUUCUGAAGUCGUGGAGCAGGAAGGCUCGGAGGGCAUAGAGACUUCUAAAGAGAAGGGGACUGAUGCACCACAGCAGGACUCCAAAAAGAACUGGCCUUCAGAAAACUCAGUCAAAGACUGUGAAGUGGUUGAGGCAAAGCCCCCAGCUGAAAAUCAGUCUAAGAAACCCCAGGGUGGUUAUGAGUGUAAGUACUGCCCUUACUCAACACAAAACUUAAAUGAAUUUACAGAGCACGUUGACACUCAGCAUCCGAAUGUCAUUCUCAACCCGCUGUAUGUCUGUGCUGAAUGCAACUUCACAACCAAAAAAUACGAUUCUUUAUCUGACCACAACACAAAAUACCACCCGGGAGAGACCAACUUUAAACUGAAAUUAAUUAAACGCAAUAAUCAGACAGUUUUAGAACAGUCCAUUGAGACCACCACUAAUGAUGUCACUGUCGCAAGUGGGGGGCUAGAAAACACAGAGUGUGAUGAUUCACUUCAUGGGGGAACUAGCACGAAUAAAGUUCCAAUGAUGAAACUGGGAAAGCCUAAAGGGGAAACCAAGAAGGGAUCCAAAAAGCCAGAAGAGGGAGUUACGGAAAACCAUGUGGAUGGUGCUCUCCCCCGUAUCAUAACUGAAGCCACUGAAGCUAUUGCCUGUAUAAAUGGAGACCUUCUCCAGGAUGUGUUAGCCCAUGUUAUGCCCUCUGUACAGCUGCCACCAAAUAUCAACCUUGUCCCCAAGGUCCCGGUCCCUCUGAACAGUACCAAAUACAACUCUGCACUGGACACUAAUGCAACCAUGAUCAACUCCUUUAAUAAGUUUCCAUACCCAACACAAGCAGAGUUGUCAUGGUUGACAGCAGCGUCAAAACAUCCAGAAGAACAAAUCCGAAUCUGGUUUGCUACACAACGUUUGAAGCAUGGUAUAAGUUGGUCUCCUGAAGAAGUGGAGGAAGCAAGAAAGAAAAUGUUCAAUGGUACUAUCCAGGCAGUUCCCCAAACCAUCACCGUCCUACCAGCUCCUUUGGCAACUGCAAAAAUGCCGCAGCCCAUCAUCCAGACAGCUUUGCCUUGUCAGAUCCUGGGCCAGACUGGUCUGGUUUUGACUCCCGUGUCAAAUGGUUCAACUGUUUCCUGUUCACCGAUUACACUCGCUGUUGCCCCAAACCAGGGGCAAAAGAGGACAAUACAGACCUUAUCAAGUGCCCCAGAGGCCAAGCGUCCUCACGUAGUUCAGGUGCCUGAGAUUCCUGCCAAGCUGACAGCUGUGCCGCUGACACCAGCCAGCGAGCGGAAAAAGACGAAGGAGCAGAUAGCAGAGUUAAAGGCCAGUUUCAUGGCAAGCCAGUUUCCUGACGAUGCAGAAGUUUACCGGCUUAUAGAGGCAACAGGUCUUUCCAGGAGCGAGAUCAAGAAGUGGUUCAGUGACCACAGGUACAGAAGUCAGAGGGGCAUUGUGCAAAUUCCUGGUGAUGCUUUAGGGAAAGAUCAAAUAGCACCUUCAGCUGGUCGACACAGCCGGUCGUUUCACCCGUACACGGAUUUUACUCCCCAGAGAUUCAAAGAGAAAACCCAAGAGCAGCGUAGGGCGCUUGAGGAGAGUUUCCUAAGAUGCUCUUUUCCUACCCAAGGAGAAUUGGACAGGCUUCGAGUGGAAACUAAACUGAGUAGGAGGGAGAUAGAUUCGUGGUUCUCUGAGCGGAGAAAGAUAAGGGACAACAUGGAGCAAGCUGUCUUGGACUCAAUGGGAUCAUACAGAAAAAUUAAAGAACAAGGAACUCCCAAUGGUGCAAUAAGCCAGGCAGAACUUCUGAGUGGCUCUCAGCUCCCUGGUGCUUUAUCUGGGUCCUCAACCACAUUUAAGAAAACACAAGAGCAGAUUCAUCUACUGAAAAGCACAUUUGCAAGGACCCAGUGGCCAUCACCCCAGGAAUAUGACCAGCUAGCAUCUCAGACUGGGCUCACAAGAACAGAAAUAGUUCGCUGGUUCAAGGAAAACCGGUCUUCACUAAGAACAGGGUCACUUAAAUGGAUUGACCAGUACCAGCAGCAGUAUGCUGUUGAUGGUCAUAAUAAGCAAAGCCAGAAAAAGGGCUCAAAACACUCUGAGAGCCCAAAGAACGGUAACGAGGUGUCUCGGCAGCAUUACCAGGAUCAUAAAAAACUGAACGAAGAGAAUGGGGGGAAACCAGUGGUGAGAGCAAAAAGAGACUGUGAACCACUGAAAGACUCUUUGUUGGGGAAUCAAGCAGAGGGUGUGGACAGGGUGGAGUGCAACAGCCACGACGGCCACGGCAGCGAGGAGAACGAGGAGCCGGCGGAGGUGAACUGGGUGGAGGUGACGGUGGGCGAGGACGACGCUGCGUCGGACUGUACGGACAGCUGGAGCCAAACAGCACCCGAAGGACAGACAGAGCUGGCAGACUGUGACUCUGAAAGUAUAUCUGGAGACAAUUCCCACGUAUAGACAGGGGUACUCCUCAGCUGCACUGUCCUGACAUUGGAGGGGAAAUGCUGUCUGAAAAUAGAAGAAAACUCUAUUUUCCUGCCUGGGGUGAGAUAGCGUGUUGCGACUCCAAGUCUCAAGCGCCACUUGUGGAGGCACAGUGAGAAAUACUCUUGUGGAGUGUCAUCAUGGAAUCGUUGAUAGUGCCAAAGUCCUACUACUGCAUUACAAAAGAAAAGAAAGAAAGAGAAAAGGGUCCUUGUACAUAGAUUUCUCUUCAGUUUCUCCCCCACCCGCUUUCCUGCCCACCCUCUUCCUCUACUGGAACAGAUUUGUACAACAUGAAAAUUUUGUUAAUUUUUGUAAUAGGUGCAAGUUAUUCUUGCAUAUAAUGCAAUUGCAGAAUUUUGGGAUUGGUUUGGGGGAUGGAAGUGUCUUUUGUGGGGGAGGGAGAGGAGACUUUUUUUUUUUUUCUGAAGAGUUUUAAGACAGAGCUGCAAUCUUUUGGAGUCGUCUUGGUGCAGAUCAGCAUCUGAGCCCAGAUCCCCACGCCAGUUUACAUUUCAGCCCAGUUAAACAUGUUCUGGAGUGGUGGGGUUUGGUUUUUUUCUCUUGUUGUUUUGAAUUUUUUGUUUUGUUUUAUGGCCACCUGCUACUGGUUGAAGUAUUUAAAUCUCUGCUUUUAUGUGCUCCUACAAGGCAAGUCUUCUCCAGCUCCUGUACUUCACUUUUCACCAGCCAGCCCCAGCUGUGGGUCUCUGAAGAUUUGGCUAAAAAUGCCUUUUUUUGUUUUGGUUUGCUGGGUUUUUUUAGCACUUUUUGUUUAAACUUGCAUUACAACCCCCAGAGGGGUUGGAGUGAGGAAAUGAAGAUGCUUCAUAACUCAGACUUGUUUGUGUUUCUUUGGCUGGUACAGUGAUGGACACCAUAACCAGCAGUCCUCCCUCCAGCUUUAGACGUUGUAGCGCACAACAGAAAUUUCUUAUUAACCCUUGCCACUAAAUUUUUAGAUCAAUCCUAGGUUCCUGAUUGCACUUUUGUUUUGUUUUGUUUUUUCAAGUAUUGCUAAUUUGGAUUUGUGUGGGGGUGUCUGUCUGUGCACGUGUGAGGAGGAAAUGGAGAGAGAGCAGGAGCCUGGGUGCAGGAGCCGUCCGGUGCGUUCCUCUGAUGAGCUGGGUUUGGAAAACUUGCCCACCUUUCAGUACGCUGCACAAAUAGGAUGCUAGGGAGUUUGAAUAAAUCCGACUUUUCUAACUUGUUGCUCAGUUGUUGUAACUCAAUAAAGCAAAGGCUAAACAUUUUGGUAAA